GGGUGAUAGAGGAAGGGGCUGGGUUAAAUGCCGUGUUUGUAUUUCAUUAAAAACUAAAACAGAAGCUGUCUUUUGUGAAUGAGCUGUCGUGUGUAGUGAUAGGCUAAAUCGAGAAAAGAAAAUGACAUUCAAUAAAAUGUGGCGGAGUGGAGCCAUGUGCCAGGGUUUUUCAUUGCUCAUUUGCCUUCUUGUCUAUGUUGAGGCAGUGCCUGUAGCUAUAGAUAAAACCAAGAUAAACCCACCAGAGGAACAAAAAGAAGAAAAAGAAAAAGAUAAUCCAGAUACUGGACUAUAUUAUGACCGUUACCUCAGGGAAGUCAUUGAUGUUCUGGAGACAGACCAGCAUUUCAGAGAAAAGCUUCAGAACACAGAUAUGGAAGAUAUCAAGGCCGGAAAACUAGCCAAAGAGCUUGAUUUUGUAAGUCAUAAUGUAAGAACAAGGCUGGAUGAAAUGAAAAGGCAGGAAGUGAACAGGUUAAGGACCCUGAUUAAAGCCAAGCAGGAUGUGGAAAUUGGAAAAGGCUUGACUGUGGAUCAUGAAUCACUGUUGAAGCAGUUUGAAUACCUCAACCAUGGGAACCCACAUACCUUUGAGAUUGACGAUUUGAAUAAGCUUAUUACAACGGCAACCAGUGACCUGGAAAACUUUGACAAGGAACACCACGAUGAGUUUAAGAGGUAUGAAAUGAUGAAGGAACACGAAAGAAGAGAAUAUCUGAAGACUCUGGAUGAAGAGAAGAGGAAAGCAGAAGAGCAGCAUUAUGAAGAAAUGAAAAAGAAACAUGCUGACCACCCCAAAGUAAAUCACCCGGGAAGCCAGGACCAGCUGAAGGAAGUCUGGGAGGAGACUGAUGGACUUGACCCCCUUGACUUUGACCCAAAGACUUUCUUUAAAUUACAUGAUACUAAUGGUGAUGACUUUCUUGAUGAGCAGGAGUUGGAAGCACUAUUUACCAAAGAGCUGGAGAAGAUGUAUGAUCCAAAAAAUGAGGAAGAUGACAUGGUGGAGAUGGAGGAAGAGAGGAUCAGAAUGAGGGAACAUGUCAUGAAUGAGGUUGAUGUAAACAAGGAUCGUCUGAUUUCACUAGAAGAGUUUUUAGUUUCAACUGGAAAGAGAGAGUUCUUAGAGCCAGACAGCUGGGAGACUCUGGAACAGGCUCCAGCUUUUACUGAAGAGGAAAUGAAGGAAUUUGAACAACAUUUGGCUGAACAAGAACACGACCUAAAAAAUAAAGCAGACAAUCUUAAUAAACAAAGAGAAGAGCUUGAGAGGCAACAGGAGCAGCUUAAUGCCCAGAAAUUAGAGCUUCAAAAGGCUGUUGAACAUAUGGAUAAGUUAAAAACUCAACAAGAACACCCUCCCCCAGGAACCAACGAAGAACAGGCUCACGAUGGAGGACUCGCUAUAGAAAGUAAUCCGCCAUUGUCUACAGGUCAUCAUGAGGAACAGACAAAACCACAUCAAUAACCUACAGCACCUGUUUUUUUGUUUACAUAGCAUAUGUGUAUGUAUGUAUGUCUGUGUGUAUGUAAAUGGUACACGCACACAAUGUUCAGAUAAUGUAUGAUGUUUAAUUUAAUUUGAACAUAAAAAAAAAAAAAACAUGACAUCUCUACCCAAUUACAACCUUACCAUUUUUCAGUUUAAAAUUGAACUAUUAUAAGUCAUACAUUCUAAUGUGUCUGAUUGUGUCAUGUCACAAAUGGGGUACUCUACCAAAUGCUGAAAAGACAGCUCUUACUGUAACGUACGUAAGGACGCAAGUUCUACUCAGUUAAGAUUAUGCUGUCUGGUGAAAGUGCAGUCAGGUCCACACGGGUUGUUUUUUCAUUUUGCAGAGAUCAUGUAGUGUAAUAGAUUUUUUUAAUUUUAAGCUGUUAAUUUUAGAUAGUCACAUAUUUUUAUUUUAUUUUCAUCGGAGAGCCUAUAAUUUCAUUUUCAGAUUGUUGUUUUUUGUUUUUUAAAUAAUUCCGAAUUGAAUAAUGCAAAGUAUGCCACUUGACUUUUUACCUUUUUAUCAUGGUAAACCUUUUGUGCAAAGAAAUAAAGAAUAUGGACCUUCAAACUGCAGAAUGAGUCUGGUCAUAUAUAAUGUAUGUGUUUUUAUUUGUAAUUAAGUCAGAUACCAGUAAGUAUCUAUACAGUUUCAGUAUGAGCAGGACGAAGAGGUGAAGCUUUAUAGAAAAUUCACUCAUGCUACAGUAUUUUCAUAAUAAUUUCUACACAUAUGAUAUAAUACUCUUGAAUUUAAAGAAUAGUUUAUUACUUUGUAUUUUGAUGCCAUUAAAAUUAAGGGCCAAAAUCUGACUGAACUUUGGCACUGCACUGUAUGUAAAUAUGCUGUAGGAAUUCCUGCUGUUGAAAAAAGUAUUUCUAGAAAAAAAAAAAAAAAAUUGAAAAGAAUGCACAGGACUGCCAGCCAAGUUUAAAGUUAGAAAUAUAUGUUUAAAUUGAAAGUGGCAUUAAAACUAUUCAAAUGUUUUGAAAUGGAAUGUUUUCAAUUCAUUUUUAAAUGUUUAAUUUAUUUUAAAAUGUACUGUGUAUGAAACGGAGUCAGUUGGUAUGUCAAAAGCCAUUGUUGUUGUUUUGGUAAAAAUAAAUAAAGCAAUUGACAAU